CUCUCCAGCAAGAAGCAGCUCAGAUUUUCUCUGCAAACCUCAAGAUGUCUCAGACCCCCAAGUCAGCUGCCAGCCAGGGCACCACUGCGCCCAACCCUGCCAGCAAGGCCACCAAGACUGGGGAGCGCAGCAUGGGGUCCUACAAGAUAAUCGUCUAUGAACAAGAGAACUUCCAGGGCCGUUACAUGGAGUUCCAGAACGAGUGUGUGAACCUGAGUGACCACGGCUUCGACAGAGUGCGCAGUGUGCGCAUCGAGUGCGGACCCUGGGUUGCCUUCGAGCAGAAUAAUUUCCGCGGGGAGAUGUUUAUCCUGGAGAAGGGAGAGUAUCCUCGCUGGGACAGCUGGUCCAACAGCUACAGGAGCGACUGCUUCAUGUCCUUCCGCCCACUCUGCAUGGACAACCAGGAGCACAAGAUCUGCCUGUUCGAGUCCACUGACUUCAAGGGAAACACGAUGGAGAUCCACGAGGACGACGUGCCCAGCCUGUGGGCCUACGGGUUCUGUGACCGAGUGGGCAGCGUGAGGGUGCCCGGCGGAACCUGGGUAGGCUACCAGUAUCCCGGCUACAGAGGGUACCAGUACCUGUUUGAGUGUGGAGACUACAGGCACUGGAACGAGUGGUGCGCCUUCCAGCCCCAGAUCCAGUCCAUGCGCCGCGUCCGUGACAUGCAGUGGCACCAGAAGGGCUGCUUCAACUUCACCAUGGCCACCAAGUGAGCACUGCCCCCUGCUGGCACCUCGGACUCAACGGCUUGCAGCGAUCAACAGCCACAGAACUACCGACCAGCCAACCAACCAACCAACCAGCCAGCCAGCCAGCCAGCCAACCAACCAACCAGCCAGCCAGCCAGCCAACCAACCAGCUUUCUUUUUAUUUCAAACAUAAUACCAGCUUGUAAUGAGAAAACGGCAGCGCUGUUAUAACAGAUCGUUCUGUGAGCACUUGAGAUUUUAUUUAUUUUGUGAUGCAAAUAAAAUGCUUUUAUUGAACAAA